UCAUCUCUUUCACUCUUUUGUGCUCCUUCGUGAAUCUCUUCUCUUCAAUAUCACUAUAUCUAAUUUCAGGCUUUAACGUUUCUGAUCUAUCAAAAAGUUAAAAGUUAAUUAAUUAAUUGCAGUGUAUAGACAGUACUCUCUUAGACCUGACUCCACAUCAACCACCAAUUCAACAAGCAGAGUGAGGGAAUCAAAGGUCUCCAUGGAUAUGGUCCCGAGCCAGAGCCAAGACCUGCAUCUGCUGCAACCACAAAACUGACAUUAUAUCUUCCCUUUCUCACUCGUCGUUCUACUUCUGCACUUACCAAACUACUUCUCUUUCCCUCGACCGACAAGUCUCUUUUCCUCUACAUCAAACAACCUUUGUUGCAACCCAAAAGUGAAGUAUUCACUUUCUUGCACCCUAAACGACAAGUUCGGAGGAAAAAAAAAAGAAAGAAAAUCAUUACUCUCUUCUCAGUUAUCUCCACGGCUCUCUGCCUCCUCUUUCUCUCUUUGGGAUCCGUAUUCACCAACUUCCAUAUAUUACUAAUCCUGAUGAAUAUUUUGGCUUCAUCUGAGGGACAAUAGACAAAAAUAUCAGACUCCAAAGCAUGGAGUGGCAUGGCAACUUAAGAACCUUUGUCCCUCGACCAGAGAAUCCCUUUAACUUUCUCUACGACUCCAGCUGCUAUGAUCAGUGUAAUCAAGGAAUGGAUGUGAAGCCCCCCGUAAUGUCGGAGACAGCACAGGUGAUUGUCCCAGUUAUGGAGAAGCUCAGGUAUGGCAGUCACGAGAAGAAGAAGAGAUUGACAAAUGAUCAGUUGGAGUCACUGGAGAGGAGCUUUCAAGAGGAGAUUAAGUUGGAUCCUGACAGGAAAAUGAAGCUGUCUCGUGAGCUUGGGCUGCAGCCCAGACAGAUUGCAGUUUGGUUCCAGAAUAGACGAGCUAGAUGGAAAGCUAAGCAGCUUGAACGCUUAUACGACACACUUAAGCAGGAGUUUGAUGCUGUCUCUGUAGAAAAACAGAAGCUGCAAGAAGAGGUAAUGAAACUGAAAGGUAUCCUCCGGGAGCAAGCCACCAAGAAGCAAGUGCUUUCGACGGGCUACACAGAGAUCUCAGGCGAGGAGACACUGCAAAGUACAUGGGUUGGAAUUCGUAGCUCCGGUGGGAAGCCACGAGGAACACAUCAGCAAGAGAUUGCAGAGUGCAACUAUCUUCUGAAUGUUGAUGAAUAUAACCCAGGAAUAUCAUCUUACUGGGCUGUUCUUCCAUCUUAUCCUUAAUUAACAGUCUCUUAAUUGUUGUUUAUACUUUCUUAAUUAGUUAAUCAUAUGUAGUGGUCUUGGUUUAUUAUAAUAUAUUAAUGUGUAAGUGAAGGGUUAAAGUUCCAUCGAAGAUAAAUUUUGUUGAAUCCCA